AUGGCUGGAACCGAUACGUUCUCGAGGGAGCACGCGGCCUCCCUGGACCAAAAUGACGCUCUAAAUUUCACGAGGGACGAGUUCAUCAUCCCGACGAAAGCCGAGGCGUUGAGCAAAUCCUUGCCCAAGAGAGGGGAUGACGGCAGGCCGUGUACCUAUCUUGUGGGAAACUCGCUCGGCCUUCAGCCGAAGCGCACCCUUACGAGGGUCAAGCAGUAUCUCGACACAUGGGCGACCCAGGGCGUCCAGGGUCACUUCAAGCCUCUUGACGGCACCCCGCUGCCAACGUGGCUUGAUGCCGAUGAUAGGGCUGCGCAGAUGAUGGCCCCGUGGCACAAAAUCAUUCUCGAGGCCAAGGCGUUCCCUAGCGACCACUUCUUGGUCGAGACCCAGAUCAGGCACCACGGUCUUUCUACAGAGGACUCCAUGGUACUUAUCGAGCCCAAGAGUUGGGACAGGCCACUCCUCACCACGGAUUCUAUCCUCUCCGUGAUUGAGGAACACGCCUCCACCACCGCGCUCCUGCUUCUUCCUGGGAUCCAGUACUACACGGGCCAGCUGAUGGACAUUCCCAAGAUCACGGCCUUUGCGAGGGAACGUGGCAUCUUUGUUAUCUGGGACCUCGCUCAUGCUGCGGGUAAUGUCGAGCUGAAGUUGCACGAUUGGGACGUAGACGCGGCGGCGUGGUGCACUUACAAGUACCUUAACGCAGGCCCGGGCUGCAUUGCCGGCUUGUUUGUGCAUUCUCGCAAUAGUGCUGUGACCACAAAGGUGGAGGAGGAGCGAUCGGAGAAUGGUUAUGCCAACCGUCUAGCAGGGUGGUGGGGCAAUGACAAGGCCUCCCGGUUCGUCAUGGCUAACAAGUUUCAUCCGGCGGCCGGCGCCUCGGGGUUCCAGAUCAGUAACCCCAGCAUCAUUGACAUCACCACCAGGUUGACGGCAUACCUCGAAAACUUGCUCAAUAACAUGCCCAAGGAGCAGCGCGCGCUGUUCACGCAAAUCACCUCGACCAACCCCGAUGAGCGCGGUGCUCAACUUAGUAUCCUUCUCUCCCCAGGCCUGUUGAACACUGUGAUGGAGGAGCUCGAGAAGGAAGGUGUGUUUGUUGACGAGAGAAAGCCCGACGUCAUUCGCAUCGCUCCUGCGCCUUUGUACAACACUUUUGAGGACUGCUUUACCUUCGUCGAGGUGUUUACCCAUGCGCUUCAAGUGGCUAAUUCUCGGAAGGCGUAG